ACCUACCAACACCUACGAGAUCUACGAACAUCUACGAAACUUCCUCUGGACACCUAUCAACCGAAUAUCUCUCUCUACCUUUGUCUGCGACCUGCGACCUGCGAUUACCUACGCCGUCGAAUUCGACUUUGAACCACUGCACUACAAGAAGAAGUCAGGCAGACCUAGACAAGACAGCAAAAUGGUCGCUACUACUACCACCAACGCGCAACCAACGAUGGAGGCCUCCUCCCUUCCAGCGGCGCCCGCUGCUGCUGUUAUUUCUGAACAGCCCAAAUCAAACCCCAUGCUCCCCACCGCCCAACCCCAAUCCCAGUCCCCCUCCCAAACCCUCGACGUCCAGGACUCCGAAGAGCAGGAAGUGGGAGUGGGACUCAGAGGCGGCUGGAUGACCAUCGGCAAGCACUUCAACUGCUGCGGACUCAACUGCGGGUUUAGCAAGACCUUUUAGAGAGACUGCUGCAUUACCGCCCCUACCGCCCUUAUCGUGAAAGCUGCUGCUGAUGCUUCCACUCGGUGCCGCGAAGCUUUCGAUGCUUCAUGUUGUUGGAGACCCGGUCCGGCUCUAUGUUGUUGUGGCGAGGGCUGUGAAAGAGGCGAUUGGAAGGGCGACUGGAAGUGGGAUGCGAGGAUGUGUGCGACGCCGAUGGC